GUGAACAUUUUUAUUUUCUUUGUUUGUCCGUAGAAAUUAGCGUUGACAUUUAGGGUUCGUUUUCACUUUCAGGAGAUGAAGUAAGAGAGAGAAAGUAGACAGAUAGGGAGAGAUUUUGGGGUUAAUGAUGCAGAAAGAGCACUUUAGGGUUAGGGUUUCAAGGUAUGGGUUCUUCAGAGAAUGACAACACCUCCACCACUACUACCUCCGUCCCGGCGGCUCCGCCGACCGUCGCUUCCGCCACUACCUGCUCAUCAGACUCUGUUGCAGUCCCGGACUCUGCUAUAUUUAGUUACAUAAGCGACCUAUCCCCUAUAAAGCCUGUGAAGGCUGCACCUGCAGGGGAAGUAUUCCCAGGUCUUAAUUCUCCUCCCAUCGUAUUCACGUCACCUCAUCUUGUUCAUCACCAACAAACAACUGACUUGAAAAGGUCUCAGUGCUUACAAUCAUGUUCUGCAGAAUUACAUGAAGAGGAUAUUGAAGCCAAUAAAGUUGAGACAUCGGAUGAAUUUGAGAAAUCUAAAACCCAAACCAGCAGCGAAUUAAUGCCAUGCAUUGAAAAAGGGUAUAAAAAUAACCAUUCUGUGCAAGACCAGUCUUCUAGUCACUUAGGAUAUAUUGAUGAAAACUUGGUUAAUGCUGUGGAGGUCGGAUGUAAAUCUGCAAAUUCAGAUGGUUUAGGCAUGAUACAAUCAGAUGAUAUGCCUCAAUCGUUGGAUGAUUCAACUAUUUCAAAGGAACCAAUGAUAAAAAUUGACAACACAAAUGAUACGAGGCAAGAUGCAGACAAAGCAAUUGUUUCUUUUCCGGCCACGCUAGAGCUUUCUGAGAAGAACAUCCAAAGAAAGUCAUCAUUCCAUGGCAAGCCUGUUGAAACUUAUGUGAAGCAUGGAGCCAGCGAGAUGCCAUCUAGUGUAUGCACAAAAGUUGAAACUGGUUUGCCUUCAAUUCAAGGAUAUGAAGGCUGCGGCAAGAGUGCUGGACAAGCAUUGGGUGACCUUGUUGAGAAUACAAUCCUGCAUGAUCCCAAGGGUCAACGCCAUCAUGGCAUGCAUAUACGAAGCCUACGGUUUGAAGAGGUUCAAACUAAUAGCAUAACAAACAAUCCUGGUUCAAGGAGCCCCUCGAAUGUUGUUACUGCUUCAAAGUUACCUGCUACUUCUUCGGACUUGGAAGUUCCCGAGACAUCUCAUCCAGAAAUAAAUGCAACUUCCUGUAAUAGGCAACAGGUUAACUUGACCCAGGCCAUAAUUUCUGUGGUUUCUUCUAGAAAUAAUGAAAAGUGUAGAUCAACAAAUUCCAGGCCAUCAGGUAUUGGUUUGCACUUAAAUAGUGUUGUAAAUGCCAUGCCAAUGGGCUGUGGUGCUAGAGGAAGCAUGGAUUUAGAUGAGAGAAGUUCAAUGAAUGUACAACAGAGAAAGUUGCUAACUCAUAAGGACUGUUGUCAACCAGACAUGAAUAGCUCAAUUUUGUCAAAUGUGAAAGAUAAAGUUUCAACAAGCAGCAAAUCUGGUAGUCACGGAACUCAAGCCCUGGUAGCUGCAAGUUCUCUUUGUUCUCAUUCUCCCCAAAUUGUGAUAUCUUCAAAUGAUCCUACACUAUUGGAGCAAAGUGAUUACCAGAACAUUUCAUGUGACAAAAGAAAGUCUAACCCUGAACAAAUUUGCAUUGUUGGGGAGUUGAAUCAACCAAGCCCCAGAAAGAAAAGGAAGAAAGCAAUGGCCACCGGCGAUGGUGAUGGUUGCAAGCGCUGCAAUUGUAAGAAGACUAAAUGUUUGAAACUGGUUUUUGCAAGUCAAUAUUACUUGUCCUUUUGCAGAUAUUGCGACUGUUUUGCUGCUGGAAUCUACUGUGCUGAACCUUGUGCUUGCCAAGGAUGCUUUAACAGACCUGAGUAUGAAGGUACAGUGCUUGAGACUAGGCAACAAAUUGAAUCCCGUAAUCCACUUGCGUUUGCUCCAAAAGUUGUACGACGUCUCACAGACUCUCCUGCAAACAGUAAUAAAUUUCUGCAGGAAGAUGGCAGUAAUUCAACACCAUCCCCAGCUAGGCACAAAAGAGGCUGCAAUUGCAAGAAGUCAAUGUGCUUGAAAAAAUACUGCGAGUGCUAUCAGGCUAAUGUGGGGUGCUCUGAUGGAUGCCGGUGUGAAGGAUGUAAAAAUAUGUAUGGCAGAAAAGGAGAAUAUGGCAUGGCUAAGGAUGUCUUAACCGGCGGCCCUGGUAGUGAAAAACUUGAAGAUACAUUUGAUGCAAGGCUGGAAACGGUGUCAAGCCAAGGUGGUUUAUUGCAGACUGAGCUGUGUAAUCCUCACGACUUGACACCUUUGACACCGUCAUUUCAAUUCUCAGACCAUCGAAAGGAUAUGUUGAAGCCUCGGUUUUCUACCAGAAGAUUCACUUUGUCACCUGAGUCCAGUCUCAUUCUCUUACCAAAAUCACCAGGAUCUCCUGAAAGUUACGAUAAGCAUGACAUGCCACCAAAAUCUACAAAAAAUAUUCAAGACAUGGUCUCUAGUCAUCAGGAAUCAUUUUGUAGCAAUGUGGAGACAGUGGGUGACUUAUCACCACAAUAUAGUGGACUUGCCAAUUUAUGUGAUCUCAGUAUGCUGCCUAAUCCUCCCUCAAUGGCCAUAGAUUAUUCAGCAUCAACAACCACAAGUGACUGGACAAUUACUUCAAGGGACCAAUUCUCUCCUGGAAAUGGCCAUUUUUCAUCACUGAGCUCCCUUCGUUGGCAGAGUCCAUCAGUCACUCCUGUUUCUAAAUUUGGUGGAAUCAAGCUUCUCCAGUCGUUUGACUCCAAUGAAAAACUUAACAAUAUACUGGAAGAUGACACACCUGAGCUACUAAAGGACACUUCCAGCCCUGCCAAUUCUGUCAAAGUUAGCUCUCCAAACAAAAAGCGUGUUUCUCCUCCUCAUAGUCGCCUUCACGAGCUUGGUUCUAGCUCUUCAGCAGCAGGCUUGAGAAAUGGUCGGAAGUUCAUAUUGCGGGCUGUGCCUUCUUUCCCACCUCUUACACCAUCCAUUGAUUCCAAGGACACUAGCUCUCAUGGUAUAAAUGAUCGCCAGGAGAGUAGUACAGGAGAUGAAAAUCAACAGGGGAACUGAAGUGGCCAUGUGCGUGAAGGGUCGAUGCACAAUGAUGAAGGUUCCAUACUGCUACAAUUUCUUCAUAUGAAUCCUCAUCUGUUUGAAGAAUCACUGCUUCUCCUAUGUUGCAAAACCCCCUCUGAGAUCUGCCCUUACAGAUAUGGUUAGAGGCAACCGAUGUUUGUGCUUAUUGAAUAUGCAAAAAAUGAGUUAUUUUUCUUCUUUCUUCCUUUUUUUUUUACCUGAGCAAUCUAUAGAGGAUUAGAGAGCCUGUACUUGUGUAACUGAUCCUUUAGUUCAUUUUGGCUGCUAUCUCAGCCCUGCCAUUGUUAGCAUUGGCUUCAUUCUAGAUUCAUAUUAAUUGAUUAGGAAUGUGAUAGGUCAUUAAUACGGAAUACUUGACCUGGAUAACUGCCUUGGAGUUAAUCCUUUCGUUUGAAUAAAACAAAGACAAAAGUUUACACGGUCUCUCCACGGUUAUUUUGUAGUUUGGAGACGUUUUCUACUCCUUGUAUGAAGAUUACAACUCAGAUUUGGGAAGACAUAGCUAGCUAUCAUAUCCUUAUUGGACAAUGAUGCAUCUCAGCUCUGGAUGCAGGGUUUCUGUUCAUGUCUGAAAUUAACAUGAUGCAGGACUUAGUAAUACAGGACUUUUUCUGUCUUGAUGUAUUUAGAUGAAUUACUUGACAAUGGCAUGCGCGCGCGCGCACGUGCGCAUGUGACCUUUUGUCAACAGAUGGUGAACCAGGUAAAAUGGAAAUGGGGUAUUUUUCCAACUGCCCAUCUGUUUGAUGCAGUUUCCUUGUUGC